AAGUCACUAGAUGUAUAAAGUAGCGCCUGGUAGCGUAAUUUUAACCGAUGUUUGUGAAACUGGGCCUUAGGCCCGUUUCUACCAAUGUCGUUUAACUUUAACCGUAGUUUAACUCUCAAUGACCGGUAAGAUGCGAUACAGUUAUCUGUGUCACGGUAAUCUCGCAGUCUCCGAUAAACGCGUGGCGGCAGCGCCCGUUUAACGGAUCAUCCGCGAGCACACACGCGAUGACGCGCGUCACGUUUUUGCAUCCCGACCUCGGCAUCGGCGGCGCGGAGAGACUCGUCGUCGACGCGGCCCUCGCCCUGAGGAAGAACGGCCACGACGUGAACUUCGUCACGACCCACCAUGACCCGGAGCACUGCUUCUCGGAGACCAAGGAUGGCACGAUCCCCGUCACCGUCGUGGGUAACUGGCUGCCCAGGCACAUCCUGGGCAGGUUCUACGCGCUCUGCGCCUACAUACGCAUGUUGUACGCGGCUAGUUACAUAAUACUCUGCGACCAGCGGCCGGAAGUAGUCUUCUGUGACCUGGUGUCCAUCUGCGUUCCCCUUCUUCGACUGCGCAUUCCAUAUGUGGUGUUUUACUGUCAUCAUCCAGAUCAACUGCUCUCACAGCCAGGUGGCUACAGCAAGCAGCUGUAUCGCAUGCCACUGGAUUAUCUGGAGGAAGUGACAACCGGCAUGGCACAUAAGGUAUUUGUAAAUAGUAUCUAUACAGGCAGCGUAUUCAAGAGUACCUUCAAGCGGCUACAAAUCAAGCCUGAGGUUCUGUAUCCCUCCAUCCACACCGACUUCUUUGACAAGACGAGAAUAGUGUCCAUUGAGAGAGUACUCGACAGGAAAUUACCAGACGACAGCAUUGUACUGUUGUCCAUUAACAGAUACGAGCGCAAGAAAAAUUUGUCUCUCGCAAUAGAGGCCCUCGCAGAGUUGGAGAAACUCUUACCGAUGGAAGUGUACAGGAGGGUGUACUUAAUCAUGGCUGGUGGGUACGACAAGAGGGUCGAGGAGAACGUGGAGUAUCAUUUGGAGCUAAUAGGCCUUGCGGAUGAGUUACACGUGACGGACAAAGUCAUGUUCUUACGUUCACCCUCUGACAUAGACAAAGUCUCCAUCCUCCAUCACUGUAAAAUUGUGAUAUACACACCGCCGAACGAGCACUUUGGGAUAGUACCGUUGGAGGCAAUGUACGUGGGCAAGCCGGUGAUCGCUCAUAAUUCUGGCGGUCCGAUGGAAUCGAUAGUCUCCAGGGAAACUGGUUUCCUGGUCGAUCUGUCUGGCGAGGCGUUUGCGUCGAAAAUCGCUUUUCUGAUCACGAAUCCGGAUCGCAUCGAGGACUUUGGUAGAUCCGGCAAAGACAGAUUUCUGAGAACAUUCAGUUUUGCCGCGUUCAGCGCGCAGUUGAACAAAGCGAUAGAUGAUUUAAUUAAUAAGAAGAUAAAUUAGUACGAUGGGUGUCGUUUGGGGUAUGUAAUGUUCUUCACUCUCUUGUGCGAUACCAAACGUAUCCUGGAAAAUGGUUCUUAGAUAAAUAUAAUAUUCCAAUAUGAGAGAUAUAUAUAAAUGAAAGUAUCAUCUUUCCGAGAGCAUAUUUAUAAUGUAUAUUAAUCAAAUGUAUGGUUAGAAGUUACAUUUUCUACUGAAUAUUUAUAACGUGUUCGUCUUAUUUAAUUAUUCCUACGUGGAAAUAAGAUUGUUACACUGUAUGUAAAUUUUUAUAUAAAUAAUUAUAUAAAUUAUAUUAAAUAUAUGUAUAUAUAUAAGAUGUUCUGAAGUUAUAUUAUAAUUAAAGUUAUUACAUUCUAUAAAGAAUGUAAUAAGAAAGAGUAUAAACUCAAA